AUCCAAGUAUAGAUUCAUUGAUGCUUUCUCUUCUCUUAUGUUCCUUUGUUUUCUCUAUAUAUAUAUCUAAGAGCUUGCUAGGUUUGUUUCAUUGAUCAUGGAUAAUUCCAUCAGCCUCGGCCUCGGACUUGGCCUUCGACCUCUCGAUGAUCUCCGAAGUGAAAUUCCGAUAAAUGUUUUAGAAGCGGAAUUGAGUAGGAUGAGUGGCGAAAAUAAAAGAUUGAGCGACAUGUUAAGCGUGAUGAAUGCAAAGUGUAGUUCUUUGCAAGGCCAACUUCUUGAUCUCAUGAGCUCACCGUCGUCGGAGAAGAAGAGAAAGAGUCCUAGUAGUGAUGAUAACAGUAUGAAUAAGUUUUAUUCGAGUUCUUCUCACUUAGAGAGCCCUUCAAGUGAAGAUACAUGCAAGAGAGCAAUUGAUCAUGUUUACAGAGCUAAAGUUUAUAAAUCUUAUGUUCGCCGGGAUCCAUCCGACACAAGCUUAAUAGUCAAAGAUGGGUAUCAAUGGAGGAAAUACGGACAAAAAGUAACACGAGAUAAUCCAUCUCCUCGAGCUUACUUUCGAUGUUCUUUUGCCCCAUCAUGUCCGGUGAAGAAAAAGGUGCAAAGAAGUGCCGAAGAUAGAUCGAUUUUAGUCGCGACAUAUGAAGGCCAACACAACCAUAGAAAUACAUUGAUAGCCGGAACUAAAACAAUCGGAACAGAACAUUGCCCGUAUUCGAUCUCGGUUCAGUCCUCGAGGCCGGAAAUCUUCCUCGAUUUAACGCCGAAAAGUUCGAACCAAGAAUUAGAGUCACAAGAGUUUCAAAGGCUUCUUGUUGAGCAAAUGGCUUCAUCAAUCACAAAGGAUCCUAGUUUCACUGCUGCAUUAGUUAGUGCCAUUUCUGGCAGGGUUAAUCUUCAAAUAUCACCAGGGAAAAAUUAGUGUGAAAUUUUUUUUUUUUUUUUUGAUAAAAAUUAGUGUGAAAUUUUUAUGAUGCUUUUGAUUAUGUAUAUAUAAAGUUUUUCUUGUCAAUUUGAAUGAAAUGAUGGUCAUGUUGUACUUGAG